AUGACGUCUUGGUUGACCAUAAUCGACUCUCUAAAAGAUGACGAAGUGCAAUUUCUCACAUCGCGUACUGCGGCUGCACGAGGCAGGUCAAGAGCGUCGUCUUCAGUCACACUUGGUCGAGAAAGCGAUGAUGAUGAAGAAGAACUAGAGGUAGGGGAACCAGCGGAAUUGUUCGAUGAAGAAGUCAUUGACCUCACUGGACACGAUCUGGAAAUUGGCGCCUAUAGUCUGCUUCGCGAAGGCGAACUCCCCCUAGAGAGGUAUCGCGAACCUUCAUCGGGUACUACAUUGGCUUGUGGGGAUUUCAUAGAGGUUCGAGAUGUUCAGCUCGGAGCCUACGAGAUCGAUUUUGUCCGAAUCCAGAUCAUUGCUCGCGGUCGAAAUGGCGACUGCAAUAUUCGCGGUGUCCCCUUUGUGCGGACCAGGAAGCUACAAGGAAAACUGCAAAGAAAGGUCAACGAGAUAUGCAUGAUACGCCACGUUUGGAGGCAAAAUGAUGGAAAAGAGCUAUCAGCAAUCCCUGUCAGUGUACCUUCUCCCUCGAUUGUCAAAAGAAGAGACGUCAUCUUCACCAACACGAUAUACCCAGAGCACUGCUGCACUGGAAGCCUUGCUCUCAGCGGAGAUCUGCAGCAGCGGCGAGCUGAGCUAAAUGGCAGCCUUGUAUGCCGAUGGAAGUUUACGAUAUACUUCACUAUGAAUAGCCAAAGUCGAGCCACAAGACCAGAAGAAGAAGUUCUUGAGCGCGUCCAGCUAGACGAAGUACCAACGCCCAAGUAUCGCGUGUCCGACGAGACUCUUUGCAACCGAUGGCGCGGUGGACGUAUCAAGGGAGGAUCGUGGCCACAGAAUGCAACAAAAAUCAUUGACCUGGAAAGCCAGCCUUUAUGCACCGGCACAAACCCUAACGUACAAAGUAGAAGGAUAGGACAGAAGUAUACCCUUUUUGAUUCCUUCUCUGGGGCAGGGGGAGUAUCUCGCGGCGCUCAGAGCGCUGGAUUCAAGGUCCAAUAUGCCGUGGAUAAGUGGGCUGAUCUGUUUCGAAUGCCCAUUGACGAUUUCAUCCUGGCCACGAAAGAUAGGCUGAUGCGAGCGGAUGUACUGCACCUGUCUCCGCCUUGCCAAUACUUUUCACCGGCUCACACGCACCAGUCUGUACACGACGACGCGAAUAUUUUUGCCCUGUUUGGAAGCCUUCAGCUAAUUGACAAGCUGCGGCCUCGACUCGUUACUCUCGAACAAACGUUUGGAAUAACUCAUGAACGUCACCGCCAGUAUCUGAGAGCCUUGAUUGGAUGCUACACCCAACAUGGAUAUUCCGUGAGAUGGAAAGUAGUUCGGCUUUGUAACUGGGGCUUGGCUCAAGAUCGGAAGCGUUUAAUCAUUCUUGCAGCUGCCCCAGGAGAGAAGCUGCCCCCUUUUCCUGACGCUACGCACUCCGAGGACGGAGUUGGCGGCCUGAAGCCUUACACAACCAUUCGAAAAGCGAUUAGUUCUAUCCGGGUCGGCGACGAUUUGCAUAACCUCGAUAAUGUGAAGUAUUUUCAGCCGCGCCGGCCGCCGCUUGACGCAGACGGUCUAGCAGGCACAAUCACAACCGGGGGGAACGACGUAUACUACCCUGACGGAACAAGAGACUUUACAAUUCGCGAGUAUGCCUGCAUUCAGGGAUUUCCGAAAUAUCAUAAAUUCUUGGGGACGAAAACAUGCAUUAGGAGGCAGAUUGGCAAUGCGUUUCCCUCCAAUACAGUCCAGAUGCUGUAUAAGCAUCUAGAGGAGUGGCUUCUGAAGCAGGACGGAAUGACGCGGUACCAGCCGGUGGCUGAUAGUGUGAUGAUUGUUGACGACUCUGACAACGAUGAAUCUGACGAUUCUUUCCGAUGGCAAACGUCAUCGGUAGCAUAUUCGUCUCCCGAGAUGGAUGAAGAUGUCAUGGAAAUUGUCAACCUGCCCGAUCAACCUCGAUAUAUUCACCGAAGAGACAGUUGCGUCAUCGAUCUCACAUGA